AUGAAGAGGAGAAGGGACUCAUCGCAUGGAAAAGCGGCGGUCAUGACCGAUAGAGAUGAUGUCGAGCUGUCACUAGGGGCUGAAUUUGAAGUAUUCUUAAAUUUUAGAGGGCCCGACACUCGCCUGAGUUUCACCGAUUGCCUCUAUCACUCCAUGGAUGGAGCUGGGAUUCAUGUUUUCAGAGACGAUGAAGAGAUUAGAAAAGGCGAAGUGAUCAAAGGCGAACUAGAGCGCGCGAUUAAGAACUCCACAAUCUUUAUGCCUAUCUUCUCUAAAAACUAUGCAUCUAGUCCGUGGUGUCUUCGUGAGCUUGCAUUCAGGUUGGAUUGCUUGAGAAAUAGAGAUGACAACACAAUGAUCCUUCCGAUUUUCUUCGAUGUGGAUCCUAACGAUGUCAAACUCAAAACCGGCCUAUACCACGAUGCUUUCCAAAAACAUGAGCAGAAGUUCGGCAGCAAUCUAGUGCAGCAAUGGAAGGAGGCUUUGAUGGAGGUCGCUCAUGUCAAAGGAUGGGAUCUCAAAGAUACAGGGUAA